AUGUAUCUUCAAAUAUUUGUAUUUAUUAAUUUCGCAUCCUCAGGCACGUGUUGGCAAUACUUUACUUCAUUGAGUGAUAUCACUUUAAUGGGAAGCCCUCAACAAGAGAUGGUGAUACACAGCGACUACACCUUCGGGGACUGCAAAAGACCUGACAUCCGACUGUAUGCUCACGUACACAAGGGACACAUGGAUGUCCUGGGGAAAAUUAUUAUACGAGAAUGGCUCAAAAUACCAAGAAUACCGACUUGCAUAGUAUUGAGAGCGAGGUCUUUCGAGGAGGAUUUGUUUAGGAGCACCGCAUAUAACUUUCAAAUGUGUGUCCCGCGUAUAGUGUAUUGUCACAGCAGGAAGCGGUUCAAGUAUUUCUUCUAUGAAUGGUACAUCCCUACUGAUAUGGUGGGUGGGAUGGACUGGGACAUAUACUUUUACGGACCAAUAGCAAUGGAUUGGCAAUAA